CGUGGGGUUGGAAUGGACAGAAGGGGCGAAAGCGGGAAGGGGAGGAGCGUUCCCCCCCUCCAGCUUUGGUACGCGCUGCGCCCCUUACCCGCCCGGUACCUGGGAGGGGACGAGCGGACGGCAGCGCCUAGACGGCGGCGAUGGCGCUAGUGGUCCGCGGUAUCUCCCGGAGGCUGGGUUUCCACCCGGCCACGUCGGGCCGCGGGGCGCUCGUCUGGCUCUUUCUCACCACUUUUUGUAUAGCUCCCGCCAGUGCCAUCCAGGUGACCGUAUCAGACCCCUUCCACGUUGUGAUCCUCUUCCAGCCUGUGACCCUACCCUGCACCUACCAGGUGACUGCCACCCCCACCGUGCCCAUUGUGAUCUGGAAGUACAAAUCUUUCUGCCGGGACCGCAUCGCGGACGCCUUCUCCCCAGCCAGCGUCGACAAUCAGCUCAAUGCCCAGGUGGCAACUGCUAAUUCUGGCUACAAUCCCUACGUGUCGUGUGACGACAGUGUGCGCACCGUCAGGGUUGUGGCUACCAAGCAGGGCGAUGCUGUGACCCUGGGUGACUACUACCAGGGCAGGAGGAUCACCAUUACAGGAAACGCUGACCUGACUUUUGACCAGACGGCUUGGGGAGACAGUGGUGUGUAUUACUGCUCCGUGGUCUCGGCACAGGACCUCAAAGGGAAUAAUGAGGCCUACGCAGAGCUCAUUGUCCUGGACUGGCUGUUUGUGGUCGUGGUCUGCCUGGCCACCAUCCUCUUCUUCCUCCUCCUGGCCAUCUGCUGGUGUCAGUGCUGUCCCCACACCUGCUGCUGUUACGUCAGGUGCCCCUGCUGCCCGGACAAGUGCUGCUGUCCAGAAGCCUUGUAUGCUGCAGGCAAAGCAGCCACCUCAGGAGUCCCAAGCAUCUAUGCCUCCAGCACCUAUGCCAACCUCUCCCCUGGCAAGUCCCCGCCACCACCAGCCAUGAUCCCCAUGGGCCCUGUUUACAAUGGUUAUCCUGGAGAUUUCGACAGGAAUAGCUCAGUUGGUGGCCACAGCUCCCAGAUGCCCUUGCUUCGAGACACAGACAGCACUGUGACCUCCGAUGUCCGAAGUGGCUACCGGAUUCAGGCUAAUCAGCAGGAUGACUCUAUGCGGGUCCUGUACUACAUGGAGAAAGAGUUGGCCAACUUUGACCCUCUGCGACGUCCUCCCCCCAGUGGCCGUGUUGAGCGUGCCCUGAGUGAGAUCACCUCCCUCCAUGAGGACGACUCUCGAUCCCAGCCUUUUAGGGGCCCUGCCUACGCCCCUGUCCGGGAUAAGGAAUGGGGUCGACGGUCCCCCCGAAGUCCUAGGAGGUGGGAGCAGGACCCCCCAGCAGAACAGCCAAUGAGUGGCUGGGGAGUUGGACGGCCCCGAGCCCACUCUGUGGAUGCUCUGGAUGAUCUCAGUGGGCAGGGGUCCACAGAAUCAAGGAGGUCUCCCCCAAGUAGUGGGAGGAAGGGCCGGGCCUAUGCUCCCCCUAGAAGCCGCAGCCGGGACGAUCUCUACUAUCAAGAUGAUUCUACACGCUCCUGGGAUGCCCACUAUGAUGAGUUCAAGUCUGGGCAUCGCCCCCCUGGUGACUCCAGACCCUACAGUCCCCGCUCCCGGAACCCUCAAGAGGAUGGCCCCAGGUCUGGGAAGCCUUAUUAUGAUAGGGGGCUGCUGGAGGAGGCCUUGAGGAGAAAGGGGGCAGAGGAGAAAAGGAGACCCUACAAGGAGCCAGAGGAAGAUGAAGCCUACUACCAACCAGAGCCUCCCCCUUACUCGGAAACGGACUCUCAGGCAUCGCGAGAACGGAGACUUAAAAAGAAUUUGGCUCUGAGUCGGGAAAGUUUGGUUGUAUGA